AUGGCUAGAGAAGAUGAUUAUGACCAACCUCAAUCUCUAUUUUCUUCAUUAAUUGAAAAUAUAUCACACAAUAGUAUUCAGCAAGUAUGGAAAGUAACUAGACAUCGUGGACAAAAAUCAGAACCACAAUAUGUUAUUCUUCUUGAUGAUAGUUCACAUUUAUGUACUUGUCUUUGGCUUAUUAAUAGAGGAAUUAUAUGCAGGCACUUUUUUCGGACGGUUUUUUUGGAUUACUUUGAAGGUGAUAUUCUGGUUGUCUGGAUAUCAACAGAAGAAUUAAGAAAAAGCAAUAAGUUUCAUUGUGAAACUUACAUAAUUAUUUUUUUUUAACUUUAUUUAUUAGUUGUUUUUAUAUUUUAUAUUUAAAUUAUUGUUUUAUUUUUAUUAACUAGAGAAAUACAUAAUAUAUACAAUAAUAUUAAAGAUAAAUAAAUACACAUUAAAUAUAUAAAUUAAUAAAUAGAUUUUAAUAAAAAUCAAUAAAUAAUCUAUUAAUAAAAAUUAAAUAAAUAUCCCUAAGGAUUCUUUCCUAUCCUU